AUGUUCGCCGGCUUUCUGGAUUUGGCUCGAAAAGAUGUGGAGAUUCCGAAGAAUGCCCCAAAAGAGUACACGAGGGAAUUAAACGCGCAAUUCAUCGAAAAAUACGUGAGAAAUAAAGAGGAUUACGAGUUCGUCAUGGCGGAACCACUUCGAAUGAGCGGAAUCUAUUGGUGUACGUCGGCGUUGGAUUUAAUGAAUGCGCUGGAUCGAUUGAAUCGACAAGAAAUUCUGGAAUAUCUUCGUGAAUGUCGACGAGAUGAUGGUGGGUAUGCACCGGCUCCAAAACACGAUAGCCAUCUUCUUCACACUUUGUGUGCUGUUCAAAUUCUCAUUAUUUUCGAUGCACUGGACGAAUGUGAUAAAGAAGCUGUGGCAAAAUAUGUGAAAAGUCGACAAAAGGAGGAUGGAUCAUUUGAUGGAGAUGUCUCCGGAGAGAUUGACACGCGAUUUUCACUCUGUGCUUUGGCCACACUUUAUCUACUUGAUUGUUUGAAUGUCAUUGAUGAAGAAAAAGCUGUUCAAUUUGUACUUCAAUGCCAAAAUUUUGAUGGUGGUUUUGGAACACGGCCAGGUUCAGAAAGCCAUGCGGGACAAGUUUAUUGCUGCGUGGGCGCUUUAGCAAUAGCCGGUCGAUUGGAAGAAAUUGAUGUGGAUAAAACAGCAAUGUGGUUAGCACAAAGACAAUGUGAAAGUGGUGGAUUGAAUGGAAGACCCGAGAAGUUGCCCGAUGUAUGUUAUGGAUGGUGGGUGCUGGCUUCGUUAGCGAUUCUAAGAAGACUCGAUUGGAUCGACAAAGAUAAACAAAUAUCUUUUAUUUAUGCUUGUCAAGACGAGGAAGGUGGAUUUGCUGAUCGACCUGGAGAUUGCCCGGAUCCAUUUCACACGGUUUUUGGCUCAGCAGCUCUUUCACUCUUUGGUUGUGAGCAACUUCUUGAAGUCGACCCGAUCUUCUGUGAAAUGCCGGAUCAAAUAGAAGAAGUCGACGAGGCUCAACUCCUGAACACGUUGAAAGAAAUGCCCAGCGCCGAACACUCUUUGACGCCGCUUGAAUUGUCGGCAUUUGAUGAUUGUGCCACAGCCCUUGUCGUCGACUCGAUUCUUGGCUUUCAAACGCACAAAAUGUUCAAAAGGACUCGUUACUUAAAAAACGAAAAUGGACGUGCGAUCGAAAUAAUGCGCAAAUUUCGACAGGAACAAAAUUGCAAAGCUGUCUUCCAAGAUUUCUUAAAAAUUAGGUCAAUUAAUAAAUUUCUUCUCGCUUACCCGAUCAAUAAACAAAAGGAAUUUAGAGAUCAUGUGGUUCGUUUUCUACAAAUGUUCAGCAAAGAAAGUGGAUUUACGAUUGAAUCAUGCAGUCGUUAUUCACAAGAAGAUAAGAAAGGGGCCAAACUUGUCGCUACAAAAUAUUGGCGCAAGGGAGAACAUCUCACUCGUUUGUAUGGUGUGGUGAGCGAAAUGUCAGUGAAAGAAGAGGAAUCCAUUCUUCGUCCUGGUAUCAACGAUUUUUCCGUCAUGUAUAGCACAAGGAAGCAAUGUGCUCAAUUAUGGUUAGGUCCGGGUGCCUAUAUCAAUCACGAUUGUCACCCAUCAUGUCAAUGGGUUUCAGUAGGGAAAACAGCAUCUAUUCAGGCAAUUCGAAACAUCGAACCGGGCGAAGAAAUUACAAUCUUUUAUGGAGAGGAUUUCUUCGGCGAUCGAAACGAAAGAUGCGAAUGUUACACUUGUGAACGACAUGGAACUGGGGCUUUUACUGGUUUGGAUGAAAACAGCGAUAGCAUGUCUGGAAGUAGCGUUGAAGUGGGAACAACAGAAGAAAGAGCCAAGACUCGAUAUGGAUUACGUGAGACGGUGUCUCGCUUGAAUCGACUUUCGGUGCCACGG